AGUCUUGAACUAUAUUCUCACCGUGAACGUCUCAAUUUGAUUUCCAUUUUAAUUUUUCUUCAAAGAAAAUUUCCUGACCAAAAAGGGUUUUCUUUGCACACGAAAAAAUUAAGAAAAAAAUGAAUCUCAAUGUGCUGCACUGGAGCUAUCGUGACCUCAAGGUAUUCCCACCUGAAGUGCAAACAGCCAGCAAUUGCGUUGAAGAAAUCUACUUGAAAGAAAAUUUCAUUGAGUGCUUACCACUGUGGCUAUUUCAGAUGACCAAUCUGAAAUUUAUUCACCUUACGGGCAAUCUCAUCGAGGAAAUUCCCCCAGAUAUUUCGUGUUUGAUCAAUUUGGAAUUUCUCGAUGUAUCCAAGAAUCGUCUGCGGGAACUCCCAUCGACCAUUGGGGCCCUCUGCAACCUGAAAUGCCUCAAUGUGAGUGAAAAUGAAAUUUCCACACUUCCCCGGCAGAUUGGCUACCUGCGGAAUCUCGAGGGGCUCGAUGUGAGUAAGAAUCUCUUGACUUGUGUGCCAAAUGAGUUGGGGAAUUGUUUGAAUUUGUUGGAAAUUAAUUUUCGCGGCAAUCACCUUCUCACCGAGAUCCCCCCAAGGGUUUAUGCUCUCUGCAAAUUAAUCUACUUUGAUGUUAACAAUUGUGGACUUUCGUACCUGCCCUACGUCGUUGGCGCAAGACUCGUUCACGUGAGGGCGUUCGAUAAUCAAAAGUUAACUCACAUUCCAAUCGUGUAUGAAAAAUUUCUUCAACCAUGGAUGGAACCUCUGCCAAUUUACUGCCCACUUUUAAACAUUCAACGAGAUCACCUCGUGAAGCUUUUCGCCCCCACAGAGAAUCGUUGGUUCAACUUACCCCGAGGAGUGGUGGAGGUGCACAAAAGGACCCACCGCGUUCCUUUUAGCCUCUUUGAGCUUUGCGUAAGGAGUAUUUACACGAAUUUCUGGGGUCCCAUCUUAGACAGACUUUUGGUAGAACUCGUUCCAAGGAUUAUACUCUACUACAUAAAAAUGGGCCCAAUUGGCCAUUGUGGGACCGGCUACUGCUCCAAUCCCAUCUUCAAGGAAUGCCAUUUCUUAUUGCUCAAAAAACUUCAGAAUCCAAGUGGAGUAGUAUUCAGUACGAUCUUCUGCUCAAAAGACUGCGCAGACUUUUGGAUGAGUAAAUUCCGUCAUAUGUAUCACGAAAUUGACUGGGAAGUUUACUGACGCUGUUGUUUAACCGAUCCUCGAUGUUGGACCACGAUGAAUGGCAAUAACACCGUCAUAGUGAUCAACAGGGAUGACAAUGUGAGCUGUUUGAUCCCAGUUUACUGUGAUUGUGACGCCUGAGCAACCAUUUCCGGUAUUUUCACCGGAAAUGACGUCGCAGUACGUUCCAGCUGGUAAGCAGGUUUGCAGUGUAUGACUGAAGUUGUGAUCCUCAUUGUUGAAAGCAAUGAAGCCUGUAAAUAAGUUUAGGAUUAAAGUUCAUUAAAGUUACAAGUCAGAGUUUAGCUAA